AUGGACAUCCUGCUGCUCUUUGCCUCCCUCCUGGCAGCUACACGGGGCGAGCAGCUCUUUGUAGGGGACCAGGUCCUGCGCAUCAUUGCCAACGAUGAGGAGCAGAUGACCCUGCUCAGGGUGCUGGAGGAGCAGGCAGAGCUGCAGGUUGACUUUUGGCGUCAUCCCACCAACCUCAACCACCCAGUUGACCUGCAGGUGUCCUUCUCCAGCCUCCAAGCAGUCAAAAUCUUCCUGGACUCCUAUAGCUUUUCCUACAGCAUCAUGAUUGAGGAUGUGCAGGAAUUAUUGGAUGAGGAAAAGAAAAGCAUGAUGAGGUCUAGGAGGAGAGAGAGAAGCAUCAGCACAUUCGAUUUUGCCUCCUACCACACCCUAGAUGAGAUCUAUGACUGGAUGGACAUGCUGGUGGAGGAUCAUCCCAACCUCGUUAGCAAGCUCCAGAUCGGGCAGAGCUACGAGAACAGACCUCUGUAUGUGCUCAAGUUCAGCACUGGAGGAUCCAACCGACCUGCCAUCUGGCUGGACACUGGCAUCCACCCACGGGAAUGGAUCACCACAGCUACUGGCAUCUGGACAGCCAACAAGAUUGCUGAGGAAUAUGGCCAUGACCCUUCUGUCACUGCCAUCCUGGACAGCAUGGACAUCUUCUUUGAGAUCAUCACCAACCCUGAUGGCUUUGUCUACACCCACCACUCUAACCGCAUGUGGCGCAAGACGAGGUCCAUGAACGCUGGUUCCCGCUGUGUUGGUGUGGAUCCCAACAGGAACUGGGAUGCUGGAUUUGGAGGUGCUGGUUCCAGCAGCAAUCCCUGCUCUGAGACCUACCACGGGCCUCAUGCCCACUCUGAGAGGGAAGUGAAAGCCAUUGUAGACUUCAUCCAUGGCCAUGGGAACGUGAAAUCUGUCAUCUCCAUCCACAGCUACUCCCAGAUGCUGCUUUUCCCUUAUGGCUACAAGACAACACCUGCAGAUGACUACCAGGAAAUGAUUGAACUGGCCAAAAAGGCAGUGAGUGACUUGGCUGCUGUGUACGGGACGAAAUACAUCUACGGCAGUGUCGCAAACACCAUCUACAUGGCAUGUGGCACCACCAUCGACUGGGCCUAUGACAAUGGGGUGAAAUACUCCUUCACCCUGGAGCUGAGGGACACAGGGCGCUAUGGUUUCCUCCUGCCCAGCAACCAGAUCAUCCCCACUGCCACUGAGACCUGGCCAGCACUGCUGGACAUCAUGGUCCAUGCCCUGGAGCAUCCAUACUGA